AUAAUUUUACAAAUAAGAAAUUUAACUUUGUAGUUUGUAGUCUGUGGACUAAAGUAUCUAAAGUACAACCUAUUAUUACAAAAAAAAAUAAUAUUUGAUAUUUUACGAAAUAUUGUUAAAUAUCAAGUUUUAAAUAAUUUAAACAAUAAAUAUACAGUUUGUGUCAAGUUUCCUGUAUAAAACCGAAACAAAAUGACAGAUAUUGCAAAACAAGCUGAGUCGUACGAAGCAAAUGAAUUGUUUGACAUAAAAAAUUCUUACUAUAUUGGAAAUUAUCAACAGUGCAUAAUCGAUGCUCAAUCGGAACCGCCAAAUUAUGGAAAUUUACGUUUGCAGCGGGACAUUUAUAUGUACCGUGCAUAUUUGGCUCAAAAGAAGUACAACAUUGUCAUAGCUGAAAUAGGAGCUAAUUCGCCAGCAGAACUAAAACCAUAUCGUUUGUUAGCCGAAUAUUUACAAGGCCAAACUCAAAAAAAUUUAAUACUACAAAAAUUAGAACAAGAACUAGAAGCCAUGUAUGAAAUUAAUCAUUCCCUCGUUAUUGUUGCCGCUACAAUUUAUAACCACGAACACAAUUACGAAUCGGCUCUCAAAGUUUUGAAAGAUGACGAUACUCUCGAGGGUAUGACAUUGUCUUUAGUCAUAUACUUGAGAAUGAACCGAUUAGAUUUGGCUACCAAAGAAUUUAAACAGUUGAGAGACAAAGACGAAGACGCAACAUUGACACAAAUGGCUCAAGCCUGGUUGAACUUAGCAAUAGGUGGAGAAAAAUUGCAAGAAGCAUAUUAUAUAUUUCAAGAGUUGACCGACAAAUAUGGAAUCACUGCUUUGCUGUUAAAUAGCCAAGCCGCUUGUUACAUCGGUCAAGGAGAUUAUAAAAAAGCCGAGAUCACAUUGCAAGACGCUUUAGAAAAAGAUAGCAACAACAUUGAUUCAUUAGUGUGUUCUAUAUUUAUUGCCGGUCAUUUAAAACUAUCGUCCGACGUUGCUAAAAGACAAUUUAAUAUGCUGAAAGACUCCUUUGCAGAUUCUGAUUUUAUCAAAUGCUACAAUGAAAAAGAACUCGAGUUUGAUUCACUGUCACAAACCUAUCAAUAAAUUAUUUAUUUUAUGUCCGAUCUAUAUUUGUACUAUUAUUAUUUAUAUUAUUAUACUGUAUGUUUUCGAAAGAAAAUGUUCAAUAUUAUAGAGUAAUUUAUUAAGCUAAUUUAUAGUUUUCAGUUAAUAUAUAUUAAAAAGGAUAUUAA